GAUCUGGGACCAAGUUACCUGGUACGAUAAACUUAGCAUUCAGCCUGAGUCCCUCUCAUCGCCAUGGAUACCAAUUAAGAAUGCCUGGAGUGAUAUUUUUUUAGUUUGUAGCACAUGCGGAAUGGGUGGGGUCCCUCUGACCUGUAGGCCAAAUGUGAGUCACCAGGGGUUCAAAUUUUGCCUGCAGGGCUAUUCCCCCUAAAACCACACACCCCAGUCCCACUCUAUAUAUGUGAUGACAGUAUGGGGCAGACUUACAUUAGGCUCCUUAUCAUGCAUGCUGAUGGAUUGAUGGGUGGUUGAGCGAAGGUCAGCAGAAAGCAGGCUUUGGCGAUGCAGCUAUGUGUGGUGUUUUGAAGUCCCGACAUUGGGACUUCAAGGAGCCCAAUCACUUGACACCAUUGUGGUGACUGGCAGACUUGCUCACUUGUCAUAUUUGGCCCCAUGAGGCUAGCCCUGAUAAGGAUAAAUAAAGAUAUGGCCUCUUGGAGCCAAAUGGUUUCUCCACUUCCUGGCGCCAUUGUAGCUCUUUUUAUGAGGUCCCCUCCAGACAUUUUGGGUUUGUUUGUUUUUUAAUAAAAAAAAAUUGGCUUCCUUAUAAGGAUUUUCCUCACAAAAAUAAACAGUCCCUUUUCCCCAGUAGUGGCCGCUCACUAUCCUGUUAUGAUUGUUCCUGUUUUGUCUUCAUUUUUAAACCUCAAAUAGACAAGAGUUUAAAGCAGUUCUCUCAGGCUCACCCAUGUAGAAAACUUCUCUUUUCCACUGGACGCUGCCAAAGGGUAACUUACAAGCCUCCUGCCUCCUGGAGUGAAGGUUCCCAUCAUGUCCCAACAGCGCCUCUUGCUAACAGCCCUCCUCCCAUUUCUCUUCCUACUUCCAACGACGACUUCCAGCCACUGCCAGACGUUCCACAGAUCUGCCUGCAUGAAGCAGGACACCUUUGUGCCUGGCCAUAACUAUAUUGGCGAGGGGGUGGACAUCACCUCUCUGGAGAGAAAGGGAGCGUAUGUGGUGGACACCGGCCGAUGGCAGGGUCCCAACGGGACGUGCAAACUCUGCCGGAAUCCCUUGAUGGACGGGCACCUGCAGAGACUCCCCUUGGCUGGCGUGGACUGGCAGGUGGUCCGCUCCUGCCAUCGGCAAGUCAGCAGCUCUGUGGAGAAUUUGGAUGUGGAUGUUGCCAACACAAUGGCCACGGAGGUGAAGAACGACUGGAAAGUAGACCUGGGUUUAGAGAUGGAGACGAACAAUGGCAGGGAAGAAGACCCGGGGCUGCCUAAGGCCCGCGUGGCUUUUGCUGGGUCCCGGUCCCGGAUGGCUAUUUAUGCGCAUGAGAAAUCCCGUCAGGACAGUUACAGCUUUGUGAGGCAAGAGGUCUCCUGCGCAUACUACAGGAUGAGACUCCUCCAAAGACCCUCACUGCUGGCCUCCCACUUCUCCCGUGCUGUGGCCAGGCUGCCAAGGAACAAUAACUCCGAGGAAUACCAGCAUUUUAUCAACAUCUACGGCACCCACUACAUCAGCCAUGUGCAACUGGGUGGGCGAUUGCGCCACCUGCUGGCUGUGCAAACGUGCAAGAUGGCCUUGUGGGGGAUUACCGCUUCCACCAUCCAACGCUGCUUGAACUGGGGGGCUUCUCUAGGAGUCGACUGGCUGUUUGGCUCCACUUCCCUGAGCUCCGAGUGUGAAGAUCUCAAGAGGGCCUACUCCCGUGGAAUCCUUGAGGAUGCCGAUGCCAAGCAGCACAUUGAAGUUGUGGGAGGAGAUAAGCAGGUAGAGAUGCUCUUCUCCAAAGCUGGAGAAGCCCAACUCUUCUCCGCAUGGAUGGAGAGUGCAAAAACAAAGCCUGGGCUGGUCUCCUACUCCCUCCUACCCUUACACACCUUGUUGAACCAAAGAGAUCCAAGAAGGGAUUUGCUGAAGCAAGCCAUUGUGGGCCAUAUAAACCAGAGAGCCCUCAAGAGGGACUGUCCACAACAGUGUCCACGCUGGAGCUCCCAGAGCUCAGGUGAGCAAUGCACCUGCUUGUGUCAGCAGGACGGCCUCAACAACGAGAUGUGCUGUGCCUGGCAGCGAGGCAGGGCACGCCUCAAGUUUGUUGUGGUCAACGGAUCCAGGCUUUGGGGCGACCACUUCACGGCCACUGAUGCUUAUGUGAGGAUUUUCUUCCAAGGUCAGGAAAUGAGAACCAGCAUCGUCAGAAACGACAACAACCCUCAGUGGUCGGAAACCCUGGACUUUGGGACGGUCACAUUGGCAGACCACAAUUCUUUUGAGGUUCAGCUCUGGGACAAAGACGUCUGGCGUGAUGACCUUCUGCAGGGCUGUUUCCACCGGUUGGAGGCCGGGGCUGGGACUAUCCGGCACAGAUGUUAUGCGCCCCAUGGAUACGUCGAGUAUUACUACUUGCUGGAAUGUGGCCGCACAUUGGGCGGUCCCAGCUGUCAAAAUUAUGUCCCCCUACGACUGCCAACUUCUCAUUUCAACUAGCCACACCCUCCUAAUUCAGUGCUUUUUCUUUGUUCCAUUUAUUUCAGGACGAUGGGUUUCGUAGUCCGACAAUGGCCAGAAGGCCACAGGUUCCCCCACCCACUGAGGGCAGAGUUGGGACAGACCCUAUUGAGACAGAUUCAGAAGAAAUCUGGCAGAUCUGGGGUUGGGGCCUCGUUGGUCCACAUUGUUCUAAACAUACAAAGCAUCUUUAUGCAGAUUGAGACCACUGGUUUGUCUGGCCUUAUACUCUGCCUGGUAGAGGCCAGGCUCUCAGGAUCCCGCAGGCAGAGAAAAUCUCUAAGACUGUUUCCUAUCUCUGCUGUUUCCCUGAAGCUAUGAGUCAGUGUCUGGAGAUUCCCAGCUCCACAAAAGUGUGUGAAUUUCUGUCUCUCCAACUCCUGCGUUACAAAUACAUAUUUGUGUUUGCAUAUGCGCUUCUUUUAUCCACCUCACCCUGCAAAAUCCUUCAUGGAUUACAGACAUUCCGGAUUAGAAACUUGGUAUUUUGAAAAAAAUAAAUAUGUUGCAAGGGAGCAGAUAUAAUGAGCUUUAUUCGUUAUAGUGGUGGUGAAGAUAAUCACCUUCUGCAGAACACAAUAAAGGCCCACAGCAAGAAAACCUGGCUAUCCCACCUCUCUUGAUACAGAUGCCCAGAAUAACAAAAGUGAAUUUGUUUUUAGACCUGUAGAGGAAGAGGUGGAAUUCCACACCACAGGCUCAGCUGGGUCCAGUUGCUCCUCUUCUGGAACAAGAGGCUUUGAAAGAAGAUUAGAUAGAUUCAUGGAGGUGAAGGUUAUCAAUGGCUACUAGGCAUGAUGGCUAGAUUCUACCUCCACUGUCAGAGGUGGGAACAGUGCUGUUGAGCUCAGGACCUGCUUCCAGCCUUCCUAUGGGCAUGGUUUAUGGCGUUUCAUGGGCUUUUCCUUGUGCCUUGUGCCCUUAAGCAAUCUUCUUAGUGGCUAUCCAACCUAGUGAUUAUGUAAUCGGGAUGUUUUGGUAAACACCAUAUGGGACCCUGGGUAAGAACGCCUAGUUCCCCUGGAAUUUUGCACUGCUCAAAAUUGGGGUGCUGUGUAAUAUUACAAAAGAAAUAGUAGGUCUGUGGGAGAGGGUGGGAAUUGGGGAAAAACAGCUUGCAAGUGAGAAUGAUCAGAGUAGGGAGAGAUGAGUACCCUCAGUUGAGAUUUCCUUCUUCUUUGCAGCAUAUUAUGUUAUAAAGUCACCAGCAUCUUACAGAUGUUUUACAGAAUUUUACAACAUUUUACACAUGUUCUAUUGCUUCUUUUAUGAUUGGACGUAAAAUAAAUUGAUGGAGUGUUCCACUCCCUGAAUGCCUA